AUGGCGCCUUCUCUCCUCCGUCUCGGUGCAUGGCUCGCUGCCGCUGCCGGCACUGUCACCGCCGCUCCUCUCGAACGCCGUGCCGUCAUUGCUCACGAUGCCGUCGUUGGCUUCCCCGAGACCGUUCCCUCAGGCACCGUCGGUAGCUUGUAUCUCAAGUACAAGCCUUACUUGAAGGUCGUCAACGGCUGCGUGCCCUUCCCUGCCGUGAACGCUGCUGGUGACACUGGCGGCGGCCUCGCCACCUCCGGCUCCUCAAACGGGGGAUGCUCCUCCAGCACCGGCCAGGUCUACGCCCGCGGCGCCUCCUACAACGGCGCCUACGCCAUCAUGUACUCCUACUACAUGCCCAAGGACUCACCCUCCUCCGGCCUGGGCCACCGCCACGACUGGGAGAACGCCGUCGUCUGGCUGUCCGCCGCCUCCACCUCAGCCACCGUCCUCGGCGUCGCCGUCUCCGCGCACGGCGAGUACGACACCAAGACCUCGGGCAUCGACUACACCGGCACCAGCCCCCGCAUCGGCUACCAGAGCGUCUGGCCCGUCAACCACCAGAUGAUCUUCACUAGCGACGUCGGCGGCCAGCAGCCCCUCAUCGCGUGGGAGUCUCUCACUGAUGCCGCGCGCACCGCGCUCACCAACACCGACUUUGGCAGCGCCAACGUGCCCAUGAAGGAUGCCAACUUCAACACCAACCUCGGCAAGGCUGUCUUUCUUACUGAGGAGCGAGGGCCCUUGAAGCUCUCUGACGAUGGCUCCCUAAAGAAAUCUAAAUCCAGCUCGUUUCAUGAUUCUGCCAUUGCCAAGUUGAAGGUUGUCGGUUCGGACAUUGAACGGGCAAUCCCGCCAACCAGCAAAAGCAUAAUUGACAAGCCAUCGACCCCAAGGCCCAGGAUGGACGCUGCUGACCGUGCAUGCGACCGAGGCUUGGAAUUUUUGGAGUCGCUUGGAGGUCGUGCCAGGGCAGUUUUCUUGCCGCCUGCCGAAGAGGGUAAUCGAGCUCCGAUGCAAGCAACUCAAAUCGCUGAAGGCCAAACCGCACAUCAUAAUCAACGGGCAGCGGGAUAA